AUUUUAUUCUAACUUUAUUUCAUAAAAAUACCCAUUCUCUUACCCAGAUUUCCUCACUAUUCUGAGUUAUUAGUGUUAACAAUUUCGAGCUGUUGAACUCACAUGUCUGGGCGGGACUCUUAAGUUGGUUUCGAUUUUGCUUGUGUAACGAUGGCCGGGGAUGAUAAAAUGAAUAUUGACAGUAUUAUUGCCAGAUUACUGGAGGUGCGUCGAAUCCGUCCUGGCAAAAAUGUGCAACUAAACGAAGCGGAAAUCCGGGGACUGUGCCUAAAAUCCCGCGAGAUUUUUCUCAGUCAACCAAUUUUGUUAGAAUUAGAAGCUCCACUGAAAAUAUGCGGUGAUAUUCAUGGUCAAUACUACGACUUGCUUCGACUAUUUGAAUACGGAGCAUUUCCUCCUGAAGCAAACUAUCUGUUUUUGGGUGACUAUGUGGACAGAGGGAAACAGUCUCUUGAAACAAUAUGCUUACUACUAGCCUAUAAAAUCAAAUAUCCUGAAAACUUUUUCUUAUUAAGAGGCAAUCAUGAGUGUGCCUCAAUCAACCGUAUAUACGGAUUCUAUGACGAGUGUAAACGUCGGUAUAACAUAAAGUUGUGGAAAACCUUCACAGACUGUUUCAAUUGCUUACCAAUUGUAGCAAUAAUCGAUGAAAAAAUAUUUUGCUGUCAUGGCGGUCUCUCACCAGAUCUUUCGACAAUGGAACAAAUAAGACGCAUUAUGCGUCCCACAGAUGUACCUGAGCAGGGAUUGCUUUGCGAUUUACUUUGGUCAGACCCAGACAAAGAUGUAUCUGGUUGGGGUGAAAAUGAUCGUGGUGUCAGCUAUACAUUCGGUCCAGAUAUUGUAGCCAGAUUUUUGCAUAAACACGAUUUGGAUCUGAUAUGUCGUGCUCAUCAGGUUGUCGAAGAUGGUUAUGAAUUUUUCGCAAAACGUCAGUUGGUGACACUUUUUUCCGCCCCGAAUUAUUGUGGUGAAUUCGAUAACGCCGGAGCUAUGAUGUCUGUAGAUGAUACAUUAUUGUGUUCAUUUCAGAUUUUACGUCCAGCUGAAAAGAAAAAGUACUAUGUUGGAGUUCCAACGGGUAGUCGGCCUAUAACUCCACCUCGUGGAGCUAAGGCCAAAGGGAAAUUAUAAAUCACCUCAAAAUUUACACUUUCAAUUUUUGUGCUUUUAACUACUAGAAGAAUCGAGGCGUCAGGUUAAUAAUAAUGAUGAUAACAAUAACAAUGAUAAUAAUAUUAAUUAUCAUUAGUAAUAAUAAUUUCAUUACCAUCCAUUGUUCAUCGCUGUCAUUUACUGCAGCUUCUUAUCAUUUACUGCGUCGAGAAACGUACUUAGAUUUCCCUUCUACGCGUGGUUUUUCUUGUCAAAAAAGUGUCAGUUAUGUUUUGCCCUUAUAUACCUGUAACUAUAUAUGUGUGUGUGUUUAUGUAUGCAGGCGUGUAUGAAGAUUGAGUCAAAAUCAGUGCGUUUGCGUGCGUGCGUGCGUCAGAUUACAUUUUCGGUGUUGUUUAUUAAAUAAUUGUCAAACAGCUCUUAUCUACCUUUCUGUCGGUCUGCUUGGAUGUUUGUUUGUUUGGUUCUUUCAAGACAGCUUUUCCUAUCUAGUCAAAAGCUGGUGUUGAUUGCAUGAUAUUGAUGUUAUGGGGGCAUACACAACACGCUAACUUCUAAUGUUGAACAUUAUAAUAUAUAUAUAUAUAUAUAUAUAUAUAUAUAUAUAUAUGCCCGUUUAUUCAUUUGGAUACCGUCUUUAAUUCCUAUCAAUAUUAUUAUUAUUACUAUUAUUAUCAUUAACAUUAAUAUGAUAAUGGUUAUUAUUGUACAUUUUUUAAUGUGUUUUAUUCCUACACCUAAGAGAUUUGUUGAAUUGAAGAAUUUGAGUUGCGCUCUCACCCUUUUGCUCAAUUGCUCCCUAUGAUCAUUUGAGUGUCUUUGUGCGCGUGUAUGCAUAUAUAUAUAUAUAUAUAUAUAUAUGAGUGUGCGCAUGUAUCACAAUAAAAAUAAACACCAAGGAAAUAAUUUGACGGUAUAGGUAUAUAAUCUACCUAUGACU